AUGCUUCGACGGACCCCGUUCUGGCCGAAAGUAACCCGCUCGUGGACGAAGUCUUCGAUCAGCGCUGCAACGGCACACUUUCCUGACGCUGUCCGCGCAGACCCCGCCUCGUCCCGCACCGGAUCGACCUCAGCAAAGGAGUCGCGCAGCUGGAAGCUUGGCGAUGACACCGUCAAGGCAGAGAAGCUCCCAAAGCACUUGCAGCUUGCCGUGCGUAAGCUGCAGCUCUACGGCGACCUUGUUCGUUUUAGCCGACCGGUUGGCUGGCAGCUCCUUGUCAUCCCUUGCUACUGGGGCUCCUCUUUGGCAGUGACGCGGGCGCUUGUCUGGGAAGGGGCGGACCCGGUGGCGCUCUGCGCCCCGCUCAUUCCCCUUCACUUGUUCGUCCAGUUCUUGCUCGGCGCCUACCUCAUGCGCAGCGUAGGGUGCAUCGUAAACGACAUGUGGGACCGCAAGUUUGAUCGCAUGGUCGAGCGCACCGCGCAGCGCCCACUCGCCUGUGGCGCCAUAUCCAUGACAGAGGCCUCCGCGGUCCUUCUCUUGCACCUCUCUGUGGCCGGCGUGAUCGCGCUCAACCUCUCGCCGGCGGCCCUGCAGGCGUGCGUGGCCAUCACGCCGGUAUGGUUGUUGUACCCCUUCAUGAAGCGCAUCACUUACGCCCCACAGCUCUUCUUGGGUCUGUGCUUUAACUGGGGCAUCUUCGUCGGCUACGCGGCGGUGCUGGGGCGUGUCGACAUGGCCGUGUGUCUGCCAAUCUAUUGCGGCGCCGUGAUAUGGACCAUCUUGUACGACACCAUCUACGCCUACCAGGACCGCCUCGACGACCUCAAAUGCGGCGUCAAGAGCACUGCUAUUUGGAUUGGGGAGCGCAAGUACAUUCUGAAUGCCAUGGUGGCGCCCAUCGGAGCGAGCAUGCUCAUCGGUGGCUUUCUGGCGUCGCAGUCCUUGCCCUACUACAUCGGGAUCAUAUUGUGCAUGUACCACCUGCACUCCAUUGUGGACGACGUAAACAUCUACGACAGCUGGUCCUGCGCGCAGGGGUUCAAGCGCAACGUGCGACUCGGCAUGUACGUCUUUCUGGCGAUGUGCCUUGGCAACCUCUGCUGGGCUUUCGCGUCCGAGCACGAGGCGGAGCUCGACAAGAACACCGACAGCGCCCCGAAGAGCUCGAUGCUCUCGCGCUUUCUGUUCCUCGAUCAGGAGGCGCGCGGGCCAACUUACACAAAAGGCAGUUUCAACUGGGCAGACCGCUUUAUGCAUCCGGCGUUUGUGCAGGCGGAGAGCGCCAAGGCUGCCGGUGCCACUGAGGCACCGCCAAUUCCAGCCUGGAUGCGGCGUGAGUACUUUUGGCAGAACGUUUCGGCCAUCCUCCUCUUCUGCGGCGUGGCGGAAGACACGGUGGCAGCGUGGUCGACGUUCUCAUACGAGUGGAUGGACCACUACAACAUGUUCUCGAAAGCAUCCCCGUAG